AUGAGGUUCUCUACUGCUUUCUCCAUCAUUGCUGCCUUGGCUGCUCCCGCCAAUGCCUAUUUCAUCCUCUCUCACCCCGUCCUUGAGACUACCAGGCUAGACCCUAUCGUAUCUCCUGGAGUCAUCUCUGGCCAUGUGCACUCUGUUGUCGGUGGUAACAACUUUGACAAGACCAUGACCUACAACUCUACUCAGCAGGGAACGUGUACUACUGCUACUGUCUCCGUGGACAAGAGUAACUACUGGACACCUCAGUUGUACUACUACAGCCCCACCGACGACACCUACGAGGCCAUCACUGUCUCAUUCGUCAACACCUACUACCUCCCUCGUUACUCCUCUGGCGAGACCACCGUCCGCGCCUUCCCCGACGGUCUUCGUAUGACCUCUGGUGACCCUUACCGUCGUACCUACAACAACGAUGCCGACUCGAACGCCAUCUCCUAUGUCUGCCUCGACUAUGACACUAGCCACUCUGGCGACACUGCCUGGGACCAGCGCAACAGCUUCUUCGAGCACAACUGCCCUAACGGUAUGCGAGCUCAGGUCAACUUCCGUUCUUGCUGGGACGGUGUCAACCUUGACUCGGACGACCACCAGUCCCACAUGGCUUGGCCCAGUGGCGGCGUCGACGGCGGUGACUGUCCUUCUACCCACCCUGUCCGACUCGUCUCUCUCUUCUACGAGUUCAUCUACAAUGUGCAAGACUUCCCUUACAACGGCGUUGGUAACACGACUUGGGUUUGGUCUUUCGGCGACGUUACUGGUUAUGGUUUCCACGGUGAUUUCGUCAACGGCUGGCCCGCUCACGUCAAUGGCACCAACGUCCUGCAAGAGGCCCUCGACGAGUGCAACGACAACAACGGUGUCGGCGGCGAGCUCGCCGCCUGUGCUCCCUUCGUCCCUUACCUCGACUCUGCGUCCGCUGAAGGCUGUACUCCUUUGAACGAUUUGGUCAACGAAGAUAUCGGAAGCGGUCACACCAUCUCCAGGCUUCCUGGCGACAACCCCCUCUGGAUCGGCAACUCUACCACCAAGCCCUCGUGGGGCGACUCUUCCGACAGCGACAUUGGUUUCACCGACUUCAAGUCUACCAUCCCCGAUGGCUAUACCGAAGUCGGCUGUAUGGCCGAGGGCACUAGCGGGCGUGCGUUGACUGGAGCUUCUUUCAGCGCUACCAACAUGACUCGGGGUAUUUGCGUUCAAUGGUGUGAAGACCAGGGAUAUCCUCUCGCCGGCAUGGAAUACGGAUCCGAGUGCUACUGUGGCGUCUCUAUCCGAAACGGCGCCUCCAACACUACUCUUCUCGCCGACUCUGAGUGCAACUACGCUUGUGCCGACAACGACUAUGAGAACUGCGGCGGGUCCGCCACUCUCUCCCUCUUCAACAACCCCUCUUUGUAUCAGGUCUACACCUAUCCCACCGGCUGGAGCUCCUCUGGUUGCAUGACUGAGGCUACGAACGCCAGGGCCCUUGCUAAGUACUCUGUCACCAGCGACAGUAUGACUCCUCAAGUCUGUAUCGCCGCUUGUCAGGCCAAGGGUUACACAAUCGCUGGUAUCGAGUACUCGUCGGAAUGCUACUGUGCCAACGCGUUCUCUACUGGAAGUGUCGCAGCCGACGACUCAUCUUGCUCGAUGUCUUGUUCUGGUGACGCUUUGCAAACUUGUGGCGGUAGCAGAAGGCUAUCUACCUGGACAUACAGCAACUCUUCCUCCAGCUUCUCGUCCUCUUCUUCCUCGUCAACUUCCAGCCUCUCUUCUACUUCUUCUGCGUCGACCACCAAAGUUUCUACCUCCUCCACUUUUGCGUCUACCUCCAAAACCUCUACCUCCACUUCUGCGUCCACGACCAAGGCUUCCACUUCCACCUCUGCGUCUAAGACCAAGGCCUCUACCUCUUCUACUACCACCAAAGCUUCUACCACCACCUCCAAGGCGUCUACCACCUCUAGCAGCACCAGCACCUCAGCUUCUGCCACCUCUACCAUCGCUUCCCUCUACGUGGGCUGCUACUCUGACAGCUCUCCCCGCCACCUUGACGGUUCUUCAUACACCUCGAGCAGCGCCAUGACCAACGAGGCGUGUAUUUCGUACUGCGGCAACCUUGGCUUUGCCUACAGCGGAACCGAGUACGCUUCUGAAUGUCACUGUGGCAACAUUGUUCAGGCUUCUCUUCUUCGUGAAGAGUCUCAUUGCAAGAGCGUUUGCACUGGCGACGCGACCGAGGUCUGUGGGUGGGGUGGAAACUUGAGUAUCUACGAGACCGGAGUGUCCGCUACCAAGCGCUCUCUGUCCGCCAAGUUUAGGCUUUAG